AUGCCGGUGGGCAACGGCAGCUUAGUCGCAUGUUUAAUCCCGCAAUGCUUUCGACGCCAGAAAUCUCCUCCACCGAGUUCCAAGUCGACUGGAAACGUAUUCGAAGAGCGCAUGAGGCAGCGACUGAAGAAGAAGACGAAGCAGAACAGACGAUCGACUCGGACCCAACUACGCUCUGCCUACGAGGAGUUUGCGACGUUCGACCUGCUAGCGGCGAGGGACCGAUCGGUUGCGGCCAAGAACGCGAACAGAGUCAGAAAGCAGCAGUGGCCGCACGUGCUGAGCUGGGAUUCCGCCGCGGACACGUACGUGAGUCCGCCGUCCUCGGUUGGAGCCGAAGCCGGAGGUGUCAUGGGCACCACGCACACGAACACCCCUCCAGACUAUGACCCAGAAACCUCGAGCAGGUUCUCAGCGCUACUUACCCGCCAGGAGAUUCCCCAAGAAGCUGCCUUCCGCUUACAGCAACUCGCCCAAUUGGACAUGCGCAACUCGACGCCAUCGUUCGUGUACCAAGUGCCGCGUGAAUGUGCCAGGAAAUGGAUGGAGGUCGCGCUCGUCGCGCGGAAGCUGCUGUCACUGGGAUGCGUGUACACGGCCCGCUACUCGCUGCCUCGCGAUGCCGUUGAAGAGGAGUUGACGUUCCAAGACUUUGGCCUGGACAUUGCCGCAAUUGCGAACUCGCACGUGUUUCAAGUAGCAGAGACAACAGGCGAGCCGUCUCGGUUCCCGCCGGAGUUCACGGGGGAAUUCACUGAGAAAGACCCCGACGUGGCAGCAAUAGGAGCCGAGGUAGUUAUCAAGCAUGAGAAGGGCACAAGUACCGAGAAGACCGUCGUGUUUCACCUUGUGCGAAUGGGGGAAUGCGUGCGGGACGACCCAAGACCACCUGGAAGUACUUUGCGCACUCUAGACGAAGUGGACGCGAGUUGUGCGCAGUUGUUGGCUCGGUACGAGCUGCUAGCACAACAGAAGCAACUUGCUGACGAGGAGUUGCAAUGUGCGAAAGAGUUGGUAACAUACGUGAAGGUCACGAGCUACGAGACGAGAAAGUUUGUGAUUGAGGAUCGGAAGUUCCACUUCGCUGCUGAAUAUCGCGAAUGGUAUGACGAGAUCACGAGUGGGUUGGAGUUAUCUGCGGAAAGCACGAAUCCUCUGGAUUCCGCGUUGCUCGACGAUGCCCAGUUCGCCAUCGACGGAUCGAAUAGAGAGACGCAGUUGAGUGACUCCAGAGGAGAUACCCGCCAGAUCGAUCUACCCCAAGAGAAGCCGCAAAAUGAACUGACAACUGCUGCCUUGGUUCCAAGCUACGGUGUGGCUGACGGUCGAUCAUACCUCCUCGCUUUGGUCAGCCCUGCCACCGACAUCGUGGCAUCACUGGAGCAGCUAACAAUUCACGUGCAAAACGCGCUGUCGUUAGCGAGGAACAACGAGUUUAUCGUGGCGGCGGGACUCAAGGUCCGGCGCGAGAUACGAAGGGUUGGGCAGUCCUUGUUCGCUGCUCGCGUUAGACUCGGAUAUCUAUCGUUUAAAUUCACUGCUGCAACAGGUCGAGAUGCAGCCAUCGGCGCGCUCUUGCGGCUGACAAGAGCCGUGAUCGAACACAGAAGACUGUACGGUGAGAUGCUGUCGUACCUGGAAACUCACUUCGGCUUUUGUAUGGACAACGACGGCCAAGCAGUCAAGGACGCGGCGUUGAUGUAUCUAGUCGAGAAGAAGAUCGUGCUGUUCCGCGAGGUACCGAGUGGAGAACCUGGCAACACAAUCACGAAAGCUGAGGUGGUUGACGCUCUCACGCUGAUUCUACUGGAACUUGUCGAAGAGUAUCAAAUGAGUCUCAAAGUCGAUCGCGUCGACAAGAUCAUAAACGCUGAGCAAGUCGAGUACACCGAAGUCGUCAGUUAUGGUGAUAGUGAUGACGUUUGCGACCGCAUUGAAAAGGUGGAUCAACUUCACCCUUCGGCUCAAGUGAACGAUAGCAACGCUGACCCGUGCAGCGACGACGGAGACGAGGACAAUGGCUGCAAUGCUACAGAUGAAGAAUCGGAUGAAGUCGCCGUAUCGGAAGAAGACGCGCUCUUCAAAAGAGAAAAGGAGAGCCGCUACGUCGAGCCCACUGAUGCUGACGAUGAUGAGGCCAAGUUCCGCGCGACGCAGACGACGCCAGUAGAUACCACAAACUUCGAGUAG